GGUGUCAGGACAGCGGUGUCAGGACAGCGGUGUCAGGACAGCGGCGGCAGCAGUAGCUGCCGGACGGUGUGAGGGCGAGGGGCCAUGGCCCUUGCCCUCCGCCUCUUCCUCCUCCUCCUCCUGGCAGUGGCCCUGCACGCCAGGGCUGCCCAGGCUGCUCCGGUGCCAGCGCGGGGAGCAGAUGAGGGUGCUGGGAAUUCUUUUUCAGCAGCUUGGCUAGAAGGUGGCUUGGACUCCUUGGGGUCUCCCGCAGGAGUGUCCACAGGGAGGACUUUUCCAGCUUCUGGGCUGGUUCCUCCACACAAAGCUCGUUCACAUCGUAGGGGUCCUCCAAGAGGCAGAAACCGAUCUCCAGGAGACAAACCAUCCCAGGAGGCACUGGAACUUCUGGACCAAAUGCUGAGUAAAUUGCAGAGACGGAGAGAUGAGGACACUGGGAAUGCUUCUCCAGCAGCUUGGAUGGAAGAUGUUUUGGGUCCCUUGGGGUCUCCUGCAGGAGUGUCUGCAGGGAGGACUUUCCCAGCUCCUAGGCUGGUUGCUCCACAGUGGUCCAGCUCACAUCGUAGGGGUCCUCCAAGAGGCAGGAAUCAACCUCCACAAGACAAACCAUCUCAGGAGGCACGGGAUCUUCUGGAUCAAAUGCUGAAUGAACUGGAGAGACGGAGAGAUGAGGACACUGGGAAUGCUUCUCCAGCAGCUUGGAUGGAAGAUGCUUUGGGUCCCUUGGGGUCUCCUGCAGGGGUGUCUGCAGGGAGGACUUUUCCAGCUCCUUUGCUUAUUCCUCUGCACAAGCCCAGCUCACAUCACAGGGAGAUGGACCAAGGGGCUGUUCAGAAGUUAAUGUUCCCUGAAGGAAGCAGUGGCUCCGUGCCAGGUUCUGCUGAGGGCAGGGAGGCGAUGCCAGGCACGGGCACACGGGAUGGGGAUCAUUACUUGGAUUACCUGCAAGUUCUUGUGGAUGAUGCUUUGAGCUUCCUGGAGCAACCUGCAGGGGUGUCCGCGCAGAGGACUUUUCCAGCUCCUGAGCUGAUUCCUUUGCACAAGCGCAAUUCACACGGCAGGGGUCCUCCAAAAGUCAAGAGUGAAACUGAAGGAGACAAAGAUUUUCUUGAAUCAAAUGAAGUCCUGAGAGAAAUUGUGAAGGAACUGAUGAGAGGGCGAGAGAUGGACCAAGGGGCUCUAUGGCAGGCAGCAUUCUCCAAAGGAAGCAGUGGCUCCGUGCCAGGCUCUGCUGAGGGCAGGGAGGUGAUGCCAGGCACGGGCACACGGGAUGAGGGUGCUGGGAAUGCGUCGCCAUUAGAUUGGCUGCGUGAGGUUUUGGAGCCCUUGCAGCCUCCUGCAGUUAUAGGGGUGUCUGCAGGGAGGACUUUUCCAGCUCCCCUGCUGGUUGUUCCAUACAAGCUAAAUUCACAUCACAGGGGUCCUCCAGGAGGCAAGAGCCAACCUCCAGGUGGAAAGAAAUCCCAGGAGCCAUCUGAAGGCAUGAGGCAAAUGCUGAAGGAAAUGAUGCAGGGAGUACCUGAGAUGGACCAAGGGACUCUGUGGCAGGCGCCGUUCCCCAUAGGAAGCAGUGGCUCCGUGCCAGGCUCUGCUGAGGGCAGGGAGGCGAUGCCAGGCACGGGCACACGGGAUGAGGGUGCUGGGAAUGCUUCUCCAUUGGAUUGGCUGCAUGAAGUUUUGGAGCCCUUGAUGUCCCCUGCAGGUGUAUCUGCAGGGAGGACUUUUCCAGCUCCUCUGCUGGUUGUUCCACACAAGCCCAGCUCACAUGGCAGGGGUCCUCCAAGAGGCAAGAACCAACCUCCAGGUGAAAAGAAAUCCCAGGAGCCAUCUGAAGGCAUGAGAGAAAUACUAAAAGAACCGGGGAGAGGUCAGGAUGCAGCUGGUGCCACAACACGUGCUCCAAAGGUCCAGGAGAGCACUGGAAGAGAUUUCUGUCGGGGAACACGCUGUUUGAUUGUGAUAAUGGCAAGCAUGUUGGGUGGGCUGCUUGCCAUCAUGUCAUGCUGUGCUGCAAUCUGGUACUGGAGGGUGAGAAAACGGCUCCUCUCUGCUCCUGCUCCAGAGCAGCCAAACACAUCAGCCAGGAAGAGCUGGACCUCUCACCCUCACUCUUUGUACCCUUGCUCAGCUGCGUUGCCACGGCUGCAGCACCUGCUGUUUGAUGUCAAGGUCCAACUGCCACCAAAACGAUCCUCUCUGCCUCUAAACCCACUGAUUGCACCCUAUGAUGAGGACUGA